AUGUCUACGCCUCAGCAGCGGUUAUCCUCUAUCGCGAACCAGAUCUCAGGCUCUAGUCCUAGUGCCGCCAAAGACAAGCUCUUGGCCAAGAACCCUGACGAUGUUGUGAUCACACUCGCUGUCCGAACCCCGCUCACGAAGGCGAGAAAGGGUGGUCUUAAGGACACCCGUCUCGAUGACCUGCUCAUCUCUUUGUUGACGUCCGUGCGCGAAAAAUCCAAGCUUGAUCCCAACCUUGUGGAAGAUGUCUGUGUCGGCAACUGCCUCUGCCCCGGGCAAGCAUAUGUUGCUCGCUCCGCUGUCCUCGCAGCCGGGUUCCCCGUGACAACCGCCGCAUCGGUUACCAACCGCUUCUGCUCCUCUGGAUUGCUGGCGAUCCAGAACAUUGCCAACCAGAUUACAGCUGGCUCCAUUGACGUUGGAAUCGCAGUUGGCGCAGAGAGCAUGAGCACGAAUGCUGACAGCGGGGCGCCGGACUUGUCUGAAUCGAUCUUGUCGCACCCCAUUGCUUCACAAAAUUUGCAACCCAUGGGUCAGACUUCCGAAAAUGUUGCUGGCCAAUUCAGCAUUUCUCGCGAGCAACACGAUCAAUUCGCAGCAAAGAGCUACCAAAAGGCCGAGGCUGCUCAGAAGGCCGGUUGGUUCGAGGACGAAAUUGUCCCUGUGAAGACAACGAUCAAGGAUCCCAAGACCGGGGAAGUCAAGUCUGUCGUUGUUGACCGGGACGAUGGCAUCCGUUACGGGACAACGGCCGAGUCACUCGGCAAGAUUCGCUCCGCGUUCCCUCAGUGGAAACCAAGCAACACUACUGGCGGCAAUGCCAGUCAGAUUACCGACGGCGCUGCUGCGCUCGUCCUCAUGAAGCGAUCUCGUGCACAGGAGCUCGGACAACCCAUCCUGGGCAAAUUUGCAGGUGCAACUGUGGUGGGUCUGGAGCCCAGAAUUAUGGGCAUCGGCCCUUCAUAUGCCAUUCCCAAGAUUCUUUCCAAGUUCGGGUUGACAAAGGAUGAAAUCGACAUUUUUGAAAUCAACGAGGCGUUUGCAUCUAUGGGUGUGUACUGUGUUCAAAAGCUCGGCCUGGAUGAGGCUAAAGUCAACCCUCGCGGUGGCGCUAUCGCCUUCGGGCAUCCACUUGGAGCCACCGGCGCACGACAGGUUGUUACUGCUCUAUCGGAGUUGCGACGACAGAAAAAGAGGGUGGCUGUCACUUCUAUGUGCGUAGGAACGGGAAUGGGUAUGGCCGGUAUCUUCGUUUCUGAGCAUUAG